UUUAUUGAGAGAGAGAACGCUUGCUUCUUCUUCGCUUCGUUUUCAUUCUCUCAUUCUCUCGAAAUGGACAAGCACGCUUGCAAGCUGUGCUUCCGCCGCUUCGCCAACGGCCGAGCCCUCGGCGGCCACAUGAGAUCCCACGUCGCCGCCGCUUCCCCGCCGUCGCCGUCCCUAUCGCCGGCAUCAUCCUCCUCAUCGGAUGACGACGCCUUCGACGAAGCGGCGGGACUUGGCUACGUCUUGCGAGAAAACCCUAAGAAGAGCUUCAAGCUCGUGGAUCCAGAGUUCGAUGCCGGAGCUGGCUCUUCAAUCGUCGUCCAAGAUCGUGAGAGUGAGACGGAGUCACCGCGUGGAGACAACCGCCGGCGAUCGAAGCGCCAUCGUGGAGCCGAGCAAGAACCGGCGAGCUCCAUCUCCGAUGCUACCACUGAAGAAGACGUUGCCCUUUCUCUCAUGAUGCUAUCCCGUGACUCCUGGUCCCGAUCCGACCCCUCCGAUUCCUCCGAUGACGAUGAACGCGUCUCCCCCGCCGCCCGAUCAUCCCGCCGGAGCCGAUUCCAGUGUGGAACCUGCAACAAAGUCUUCCGAUCCUACCAAGCUCUCGGUGGCCACCGCGCGAGCCACAAGAAGGAAUCCAAGGAUUCAACUAAGCAAUCGAAGCUUUCAUCGAUCCCAAACCCUCAGAUCCACGAAGCCACUGAAUCGUCCGAUGCCAAUGCCGAUAGGAUCCAUGAGUGUCCCAUUUGCUUCCGUGUCUUCAGCUCCGGCCAAGCCCUCGGCGGUCACAAGCGCUCUCAUCUCACUACCACCGUCUCCGUUUCACCGCUUCCUCACCUCCCUCCUCCUCCUCCUCCUCCUCCUCCGCCGCCGCCUCCGUCCACUCCGAAGCUCAUCGACUCCUUCAUCGAUCUCAACCUCCCCGCUCCCAUCGACGACGACGUCGAGCUCUCCGCCGUCUCCGAUCCCGACUUCUCCCGCCGCUGAUUCCCUUCUCCAGGUACCCACCCUCCCAAAA